CGGUCUCAACUCUCAAAUUUUUAUUUUUAGUUACGAUUGACUGUUGACGUUUAUUUACAUUGAUUUAUUACAGCGCUACAAAAUACGAAAAUGUCGGUUCUACCUUUAGGAAUAAAAACACAAACACAGAAACUUCAAAGCCUCUACAAAAGAACACUGCGCAAUUUAGAAGCCUAUUAUGAUAGAAGGCAUGUGUACCGUUUCCAAGCAGUGCUGUGUCGCGAGAGGUUUGACCAGAUCUUGGCACUGAAGGACCAGCGGGAGUUCAACCGACGCCUGCAAGAGGAGGAAGAUGCUCUCUUUGCAAUCAUACAUCCCAUCCCUAAGAAGUUCGCAAAUAGCGUGGGCGGCGUGGCGUACAAGCGCGUGGUGACGCCGCCCGACUGGGUGCUGGACUACUGGCACCCGCUGGAGAAGGCGCAGUACCCCGAGUACUUCCGCCGCCGAGAGGAGCGUAAGAAGGAGUUCGUCGCCCUCUGGGAGAAGGAGUUCGGCAAACAGGAUGCCGAGGAGAAGCAGCAUCAUUGAGCCCGGCCCCACUUCUUGUAUUGUAUGUAAAUUAAUAUCCAAUUAAAUAGUUGUAUAAAGUA